AUUCAAAAAUUCAUAUAUAUAUAUGGAUAUAAAUCAUCCAACCUGUAUUCAAACACAGGAUCUGAGAUGGGUAUAAUAAGAAGCAGCUUCUCGUUCAUGUUAGGCACGGGUUUCGGGAUCUACGUUGCUCAGAACUACGACGUUCCCAACAUUCACAAGCUUUACAAGACGGGUCUUGUGAUGGUCAACCACUAUGAACAGAAUUAUCGCAAGCCAAAGGCCACUGCCAAUGAUGAUCAUGAUCAUGAUCAUGAUGAUGGCCGACUUAACAGAUCAUGAUUAGGGUUUUAAUUUGUUUUUUUUUUUUUUUUCAAUCUCUGUUUGGAUGUUGUUUCUUGAAAUUGCUUAUGAAUGAAAGGGGUUUGAUUCGAAAUUA